AUAUGGAAGUAGAGCAUCUGAAUACUAGUGGAGCCAAUACCAGCAUGGAAGAAUUAAAAGUGGAGGAAGAUGAAAAUGUAAAAGAAACUUCCAUGGAGGAGGAUAUAUUGGGUACACAGAGCUUGUUAAUGUCCGAAUCAGAUGAGGAUGAUAGAGAUAAUAGUAUUAAUAAAAACAAAAAAAGUCCACUAAAGAAAAAAAAUAUUUCCAAAAGAAGUAAACGCAUAUUGGAUAGCGAUGAUGAGGAUGGUAUAGAAAACAAACAACCAGAAACAGAAGAGAAUGAGGAAGUGAAUCUAGCAACGAAUAAAAAGAAAAUUUCAACAUUAAUUGAUUCAGAUAGUGAAGUUGAUGAAGAGUACAAGGAUGAGGACCAGGAACAAACAGCGAAGGCAUCUAGCAUAGUUGAUUCUGAUGAAGAUAUUACAAAAGUAAACUUCAAACAAAUAAAACAGGAACUUUAUAAAAGUUCCAAACAAAAAUCAAAUAAAAUAAAAAAAGACCCAAAUUUCCGAGAAGAAGAUAAUACAGAUACGGAGAAAUCAGAUUCACCAAAAACGUCCAAGGAAUCAAAGAAAAAAUCCAAAAAACUAAAAAAAAAUAGUUCUGACUCCGAGAAUACAAGAACGGAAUCCAAGAAAAUUUCAUCUCUGGUAGAUAGUGAAUCAUCCGGUGCCGAAUCAAAUUUCCGAGAAGAAGAUAAUACAGAUACGGAGAAAUCAAAUUCACCAAAAUCGUCCAAGGAAUCAAAGAAAAAAUUCAAAAAACUAAAAAAAAAUAGUUCUGACUCCGAGAAUACAAGAAAGGAAUCCAAGAAAAUUUCAUCUCUGGUAGAUAGUGAAUCAUCCGGUGCCGAAUCCCAACCUGAAAUUAAUGAUGACGAUUUUGAUGCUUGGGUUAAUGGAUCAAAUAUUGGAGAAAAGAAUAAUAACGAAGAAACUUCAAAGGGAAAAGAAAAAAAACCUAAAGUUAUUAGAGCUUCUGCCAAGAAGGCUUUAGACGAAAUGCAAGCUAUUCAAAGUGAACAACAAAGAUUACAUCGUGAGGCUCACAUAAGUAUUCCUUAUCACAAGCCAAAAAAGCAUACAUUAGAUGAAUUUCUAAAAAGGCGAACUAUUAUACAGCCACAAACAUCUAGUCCAGUUUCAGCAGCAGUACAAACGAGAAGACUAAAGAUGACACCAGAAGAAUUAGAAGAAUAUGCUAAACUUAUGGAAGAACGUGAAAAAGAAGCCACCGAAUUCUUCAAGUCUGAGUCUGAGAGUGAAGAGGAGGAAGUUUUCAAAGACAAUGAAGGUGUAUUAGACAAAACCACAGAAAUCAAUCAACAAAACCAAGAUAAUACACCUAUGGAUUCAUUAGAUUUAGCGAAUGAUACUGAAAUUAAACAAAAUACUGAUGACGCCCUUAAUAUUAUAGCAGAAGAAUUUAAAGAAAAUCUAGAUGGAGUACAACUAACUGAAGAGGAAUUGGCCGAACUUUUGGCUGAACAGGAACAGGUAGAAGAACAGGAAAUUCAGGAAAGACCUACAUGUUCAAAAGUUCUAAUAACAGAAGUAAUUGAAUUGCCUAAACUAGAUAUGAAUACUGUUCGAUUAAGUCCGAUUAAGAAGCACACACCCCGGCCAUCCUUGAACAUUAAACAAUUGCUUGCUGGGAAAAAUCUUUCGGGAAGCCCCUCACUUAGUGGUGACCCUAAUAAAUUAAUAGAUUUAGAAACGGGAGAUUUGAUAGAAAAAAAACCAACUGGCAUAGAAAAUCUUAUGAAACGUUUAAUGGCCACAGUUAAAAAUAAAAAAUCGAAGACCUCGGAAGCCUGUAAUAUCGUUUCACUAGAAAAUGGCAAGUUAGAAAUAUCUAAGGUCAAUAUAAGUGUAACAGAAACCAAAGAUAUUCAAAAGGAACCUAAACCGGGUGCUGCUUAUUUUGAGCUAAAAAAGAAUCUGAAAGAGAUUAUCAAAAAGAAACGCAUGGAUGAAAUAAAUAAGAAACAAGAAGACGAAUUGGAAUAUAGUAAAUGUUUAGCAGAUGAUGAUGAUGACGAUGAAGAAGAGGAAGACAACGAAGACGAAGUAGAAAUGGAAGUUGAAGAAUAUGAGCCGGAGGAUAAGCCUAAAAAUAAAGUUGUUAUGGUUGAUGAUGAGGAGAAUGCCCUAGUGGUCGAGGAUGAUGAAAACGAAGAUGAGGAAGAAGAAAAUGUUGUGGAAAUUAACAGCGAUGAAGAUGAUUCUGAAAAUAAAGAUGAAGACGAAGAAGAGGAAGAGGACGACGAUGAUGACGACGAAGAUAACAAUGACGAUGACAACCAUACCGAACCCGUAGAGAAAUCACAACGUAAAAAUCGUAUUAUUAAAGCAUUUGAUGAUUCUGACGAAGAAGUAGAAGGUGAUAAUGAUGAUAUCGAUUUUCUAAAAACUCAACCUAGAGCUACACAACCACCUCUUUUUGAUACCCAAGCUUCGGCAAAAACCUCUCAGCAAGAUGAAGAAACUGAACUGCUAGCUUUGUGUUCUGGCACAUUUGAUGAUACUCAAAAAAAAACAUCCGUCAACGCCUUAAUGUCACAAAUUCCCCUCACGCAAAAUGGUGGUAAACCUGUAAAUGAUGAAGAGUUAAUGGAAUUAUGUUCGGGAACAUUUGAUCAGCCAGCUGAUACACAGCAGCCAACACAAUCCCAUAUAAUUGCAGAUAAUCUUAAGGCAAAGUGCAAUAAAAUUGUAUCCAGCGAUGAAGAAAACGAAGAAGACGACCAGUUGGAUAAGAACGAACAAAAUAAGCAAAGAGUUAAGAAAUUAACUAAAAAACUUAAGAAAAAGAAAGCAAAACUUGGUUUUUCUGAUGAUGAAGACGAGGAAGAGGAGGAAGAAGACAUUGAUGAUCAAGAGCAGGAAUUAAAUGAUGUUGAUUUGGAAGAGGAAGCCGAAGAGCCGGAGACUUUCGUCGACUAUGAUUCUGAAGAAAAUGAGGUUAUAGUACAAAUGACUAAAAAAGAUAAAGUGAAACAAGCCCAAAACUUUGUUGAAAAAGAAGCUGAACUUUCCGAAUCUGAGUGGGGCAGCGCCGACGAAGAUGAAAAGAAUUUGGACACAUAUGACAUUGAAUUGGGUGAUGAAGACGAAUUUGAUAGAGAGAAAUUACGAACAGAGCUGGGUCAAAUUCACGCACGCAAAAUGUUAGAUGAGGACUUACGUGAAGUACGUAAAAUUCAAGAAAUGCUCUUUGAAGACGAAGAAAAGGAUGGUGUUGGACGACAAAGAACUUUUAAGUGGAAAAAUGCCGAAAGCGGUUUUAGCUUAGAUGAUGGGCGACCCUUGGAAAAUGAUGAUGGCCAAAAUGGUGAUAGUGGCGACGAACUCAAUGAACAUCAAUGGCGUAAAAUACGUCACGAACGUGAACAAUUUCUUAAAGAACAGGGUCUUAAGCCAGAUUCUCAAGAUAUGUCAACGGUUUUGCCCAACACUACCAUCCCGUCACUUAACAGCACAACAACGAGCUUAGUAACUACGAAAAAGUUACAUAUAAUAACUGCCAAAAAGACUUCGGUAUCCACACCAGACUCUAAAAAAGCAUCACCCUUCCUUAUAUCGAAAGGCAUUUCGUCCAUGCAUAAGAAAAGUGUGCGUGGUUCAUUUCUAGUGCGCGACAAAGACACCCUUAAUAAGUUAGCUGGUCUUACAAAAGGUACCUCAUCUUCAAUCGCUGCCUCUGAUAUGGAUGAUACAGCUGGUACUGUUUCCAUUAAGAGCAUAAAGGCCAAGAAUUUUGUCUUUGCCACGCUGACGGAGGAAGAGCAUGAAAAUCUUAAACGUAAAUCCGAUGAUUUGUUAAAUAGUAGUAAUGAAAAUGGUAAAAACUUUAUGAAGAAACCAAGAAUUGAACCUCGUCGCGAUAAAUGCUUCAUUGAUCAACUACUAUAAACGUUGAUAAUUGUUUGAAAUCGGUUGCCUGUAAAAUUAUUUAUUUGGUGUCAUAGUUUUAGUUAAAUGUAUA